AUUUGAUAUCGAACAACAUAUUUUAACAUAAGCUGAACCAUAUAUUCGAAGAGAAUUAGACAAAAUACUUUUGAAUUAAAUUUAUUUUGUAAAAUAUUAGUUUUUAAUAGGUGUAACUUUGGCAUUAACAAAAAUGAAACGAAUUAAAUCUUUCUGUUUUGACGAGUUCAAUUCAACUAUUGAAGACUCAGCGAACGUCAUCUCGUUGCAUUUGCCUAUUGUUCAUCGUUCUUUGCGUGUGCUCUAAAUUUUAACAUUAUUAUUUCCCGAUAAGACGCGUCGAAAUCGAACAAAAAUAUUGAAAAAAUGAAAUUUAGUGCGAAAAAUUCAUUAUGAGAUACAUGUGUAGUGAAUAAUCUCAAGUGUUUCCAUUGAAAUUGAUAACCAAUAUUUACAAUAGUGGCUAAGAAAUGAAAACUGUUGAAUAUUAUAUGGACUACGGGAGUAGUCACAGAACUAGUUUUCAGAGACAUGAAAAAGUCAAGCUUGCGUUUUGUUUAAGAACUGGGCAACAUUUUAAGAAUUUAUUUGUGCAACAAAGUGAUUUUGAUGGUUUGGUGAAUGGUGUUCGUUUUUGGCAUACAGAAUCGUAUCAAACGGAAUACCAAAAGUGAGGCAGCGAGCAGCUUUCGAGGAAUGCGCGACCACAACCGUAUUUCAGUUUGCAAUAUUGUUGUUAUUCAAAGUUUUGUUGAUAAAGAAUAAAUGAAAAGUGCAAAUAUUGUACAACAAAGAGCGAAGCGAUAAUAUGCUAUAGUGAUGUGGAUUAUUAUGCAAAUUAAGUGUGUUUGUGCCUUUUGCAGAAUUCGCACAUGAAAAAUUUGAAAAAAAGAAGAAGAAAAAAAGAAAUACAAUAAAAACAUACUAUUUUAAUGUGGAAUUGUGGAAUUGUGUAUGUAGUUAUAUGUAUGUAUGUGUGUACAUAUGUUGUUCCUCGCAUGAUCAGUUAAACUCAGUUAUAUCUCAUACAACUUAUCUUGAUUAAAUAUUAUAUUAAGAAUCCGGCAAAUGUAGCUGCCGGCAAGUCAACAUACAUAUAGUCUGAAAAUAAAGAAAUACACAAGUCCAACAUUUUUUUUAAAAAGCUCCUGCCGCGUAGCAAGGGAAAGGGCAUUAUUGCACACACGUGUCUAUGAAAAUUGUGUGAUCAACAAUAUUAAAAAAAAAAAAAAAUAAAUAAAUAAAUAAAAUAAUUGUUUUGUUUUUGCAUAAAUUAGUUGAGUGUGAUAUGACUACUAAAUAUCACAAGAAUGCAUCCAGCGGGCGAAAAAAGGGGUCGCCCCAAAAAUAAGUACACAGCCCAGGCGCUCGAAUCUAUUAAACAGGAUCUGACACGAUUUCAAGUACAAAGGGACAAUGGUGGCACACAGAAUUUCGCACCGGUGCGUUACAACACGAUCAACGGUGGUCGUUCUGAUCCACCAGACUAUAUGCAUGCCAAGCUGAUCGAACCCCUGCCUUCGGUGUCACCAUUACCUGUUGCACCAUCGCCGAAUCCGCAACUAAAUGGACAUGUGCCAAAAGUUCCACCACCUGGACUCAUACCAUCAAAAUUGAUACGGAAACCGAGUAUUGAACGUGAAACACCGAUUAACUAUCUACACCGAUGUAGUCCAGCGUUGGAUUCGGGUGCGGGUAGUUCGCGAUCGGACAGCCCACAUUCACAUCAGCAGGUCACAAAUGCCGGUAGAGUAAGUACAGGACAAUAUUCGCCGUCACCAUCAAGUUUUAGUGAUGUGGGUCCGCCGGCACCUCCGCCACGUCAUCCAACCACUGGGAAUUCUGCUACACCACCACCACCACCACCUAACCAAUAUUACAAACGCAGAUCUCCUGCUAAUACGAGGCCAGCGGCAAUCACACCGAAUCCGACAACACGUGGUACCUCACCCGUCAUAGUGCGGAAUGGCAUUAAGGCCCAACAACAGUUGUCACAAAUGAAGGCACUUAGCCUAUAUCAAGCCAGCGGCAGUGCCGUUGAUCCACCACCACCACCAUAUCCUAUCAAUACAGGGGUGGGAGCCACAUCAGCACCACCACCCAGCUAUACCGCCUCCAUGCAGUCUCGCCAGUCACCCACACAGUCACAAUCCGAUUACCGUAAAUCUCCGAGCAGCGGUAUAUACUCAGCCACAUCUGCCGGCUCACCAAGCCCAAUUACAGUGACGAAUAGCGCUAUACUGCCACUGCAACCAACCACUGUGGCCCGACCGCAGCCUCGUACCUACGCGCGUACUCAACAACCCAUAAUCAUGCAUAGCGUGCGCUCGACGCAGGUACAAAAGCCGGUUUUACAGACAGCUGUAGCGCCACAAACACCCGUCUCAGCAUCGGCCUGCAAUUCACCUGUACACAUUAUGUCCGCGCCACCUUCGUACCCGCAAAAAUCUGCCGCCGCUGUGCAACAACAGCAAGCGGUCCAACAGCAAUCGCCACUUUUGGCAGGUGCAGUGCCCACCACACUUAGCGCUACAGGCAAGUCAACGACGCCAACUACGCCGCCGCUUAUAGCUAACGCACUAAACGGUAACGUAGUCAGUAAGCCCAUAUGCAUUGAACCCCCGUCAUACACGGUAACAAUGCAAGCGAAAGCUGCUCAGCAUCAUCAGCAGCAGCAGCAGCCGACAGCGGCGCAGUUGCGCGCGGUUGCGAAUGUGGCGCUGGCUGCGCAACAACAACAGCAAAAGCAGGUAAGCGCGGUGCCAAUGCCGAUACGUCAGUUGCCUCCUCCACCACCGUAUCAGAGCACACGCGCUGCCGCAGUGCCGCCAACACACUCGGUCGCGGACAUGAGUGGCAACAACAAUGUACCAAAUAGCAAAGUGGCGCUGCACAGCAACAUGAUGAACAAUAAUCAAAUCAUGAAUAGCAACCUGACAACGACACCGCCAAUACCGCCUGCGAAGAACAGUGGUGGUGGUGGUAGUGGCGGAACCGUCAGUUCGGGUAGCGGUGGUGGUGGUACGUCACCUGCAGCAUCGGAUGGUGGCGCUGUCGGAAAAGGGGGCGAGAAAAUCAAGCAUGCAUCACCCAUACCUGAACGUAAGAAAGUGUCCAAGGAAAAGGAGGAGGAACGUAAGGAAUGUCGCAUAACACAGUACUCACCGCAAGCGUAUAAAUUCUAUAUGGAACAACAUAUUGAAAACGUGAUUAAGUCCUGCAAGCAACGAGCAUACCGCAAAAAUCAACUGGAAAAAGAGAUGUCAAGGAUGUGUUUGCCACAACAGGCGCAGGUGGAGAUGCGAAAAAUGUUAAGCCAAAAGGAGAGUAAUUAUAUACGGCUGAAGCGCGCCAAAAUGAAUAAGAGUAUGUUUGAGAAGAUUAAAGACAUCGGUUUGGGUGCGUUUGGCGAAGUGUCGCUGGUUCGAAAGAUCGAUACAACGAAUCACCUGUAUGCCAUGAAGACGCUAAGGAAGGCAGACGUGCUGAAGCGUAAUCAGGUGGCGCAUGUGAAAGCAGAACGUGAUAUUUUAGCGGAGGCCGAUAAUAAUUGGGUUGUUAAAUUGUACUAUAGUUUUCAGGAUAAGGAAAAUUUAUAUUUUGUGAUGGAUUAUAUUCCGGGUGGCGACCUUAUGUCUCUAUUAAUUAAGAAAGGAAUAUUUGAAGAACAUUUGGCGCGAUUUUACAUUGCCGAACUGACAUGCGCUGUUGAAAGCGUACACAAAAUGGGUUUUAUUCAUAGGGAUAUUAAACCUGACAAUAUACUCAUCGAUAGGGAUGGUCACAUAAAAUUGACUGAUUUUGGAUUAUGCACUGGAUUUAGAUGGACACAUAAUUCGAAAUAUUAUCAAGAAAAUGGGAAUCAUUCGAGGCAAGACUCAAUGGAGCCAUGGGAAGAGUACUCUGAAAAUGGUCAUAGACCAACGGUUUUAGAAAGGCGACGCAUUCGCGAUCAUCAAAGAGUGCUGGCACAUUCUCUAGUGGGCACGCCAAACUAUAUUGCACCAGAAGUACUUGAACGUAGUGGCUAUACGCAACUUUGUGAUUGGUGGAGCGUAGGAGUUAUAUUGUAUGAAAUGUUGGUCGGUCAACCACCAUUCUUAGCAAAUACUCCAGUAGAAACACAGCAAAAAGUAAUAAAUUGGGAGAAAACCCUUCACAUACCGCCGCAGGCGAAAUUAACACUCGAUGCAGAAGAUCUGAUAAAACGCUUAUGUGCAUCGGCUGAUAAGCGUCUUGGCAAAAAUACGGAGGAGGUCAAAGCACAUCCUUUCUUCAAGGGCGUCGAUUUUGCUGAUAUGCGGCAACAAACUGCACCAUAUAUUCCAAAGAUUGAAUUUCCCACAGACACGUCCAAUUUCGAUCCAAUCGAUCCGGAUAAAUUACGUUCGAAUAAUUCAAAUUUAAGUGGGGAUGAUUUUGGUGAUAGUGAUAGACAGUUCCAUGGAUUUUUCGAAUUUACAUUUAGACGAUUUUUCGAUGAUCGUUUUAAUCCGGAAAUGACAGAUGAUCAUGUAGUCUAUCAGGAUGUCGGAAAUACAAAUACACAGAGUAAUCAUAAUGCAAACGAACAGUUUAUUUAGUCAUUUAAGUAAAUAUACAUAGCUGAAGGAUGAACGGUAGAAUAUAUACAUAUUUAAUUAGUUAUGUAGUUAAUUAUUGCAAUGUCACAAAAUGAAAAUAUCCUAAAAUGUUUAAUGUAUGUAAAAUGAUGAUGUUAUUAAGAGCAAACUGUUAUUGCAAUAUAUGUAUAUUAUAUAUAUAUUUAUAUAUAUAUAUGUAUAU